CCACAGGAGGUCAAAAACUAUUUCCAAAAAGAAAUCUCCCAGCUUCCUCGGGUGACAGAGGGACACAAACUUCAAUCUUUCUUUUUCAUUUGGAAGUAAGCAAGUUCAGAUUUUACCCAGAAAGCUUUGCAAAUGGACCAAGGUGGAAAUAUGUCUCUGUGGUGUGAGGAGGAUGAUCAGAACCAGACUGAGGCACGGAACCAGCUCCAAAUCAGGGGUUCGGCUCAGCUGCGGGCCGCCUGGGACCCCAUCGUGUCGGGGCACCGUGUGAUCCAGAGGCUGCUGCAUGUAGAGGAGAGGUACAUGCCCUCCAUGCUUUACAUCAGCAUCAUCCAGAGGGACCCAGAGCGCCGGGAGGAGCUCGCUAAAUGGGCCCUGGAGGUGUGCUGUGAGUGCAGCUGUGACGAGGCCGUCUUCCCCCUGUCUGUCUCUCUGCUGGACAGGUUCCUGUCUAACUCUCUCUCCAUACCCGUCUCGCCCUACUGCCUUGCUGCCGGCUGCAUCCUCAUCUCCUCCAAACUCACAGAGUGUGACAAUGUGACCGCCGACACGCUCUGUGCUGCGGCUGAAUACAGCUUCCAGGCCUCAAACCUGCUGGAAAUGGAGCGUGUCAUCCUCGCCACCCUCCGCUGGGACACGGCAGCAGUGACACCUCAGGACUUCCUCCCACAUUUCCUCAUCUCACUGAAGGAAAUGAGUGGAGUAGGAGACGGCAGUGAGUCUGAGGGGGAGCUGCUCGCCACACUGCGGCGGCACAGCGACACCCUGGCUGCUAUGUGUGCCUGUGACUCUCGCUUUAUGGGAGCCCCUCCAUCACUUGUUGCUGCAGCCUCACUGAACAGUGCCCUGCGAGGUCUGGGCAACAAAAGCCACGCUCAGCUGGCUGCUAUGGGUGAAGCACUUGCAGAGCUCUGUCAGACUGACCUGGCAGUGCUGCAGUGCUACAGUGAGAUGAUCGAGUAUGCUCUCAGACAGCGGCUGAGGAGUGGGCUUCAGCAGGGCCCGAUGGAGAAAGAUGAAGAGGUGGAGACCGAAAGGCCUGGGACGCCCACUGACAUGAGAGAAAUUGAUUUCUAAACGCUCAACCAACUAUUGCAUUGAGAGUGGGAAUCAAUCAAAAAACUCUCAAGUUCAUCAGUCAAACUGAUAUAAAAUCUAUUAUGACCUCAAAAUGCUCUGACAUGUUUUUAUAUUAUUGAAAUGAGUGAUGUUAAUUUAUCAUUUUUAUUUAUUCAUGAUGAACUUUUGCAUCUAUGUGUUUUCCACGUGCCAUAUUUUAUCUAUUUCUAUUAAUUUUAUUAUAGGCCUAGAUGUUUUUGAUGCAUAAUAUUUAUACUUUUAAUUUAUGAUCCCGCACAAUUGUUGACCAUUAACAUGUUAAUUUAUUUCAUUUUGCCAUGUCUUUGUGUUUCUUUAUUGAUAUGAUACACAACAAAUAUAUUUUU